CAGACUCAGAGCCUAGAUCUGUUCUUCAGAGUGAGCGUCUCUCUCACUCUCUCCAGUCGUUAAGUCAGAGAGCAGAGGAGGAAGGGAAGGCAGAGAGACCAAGGGAGGUCUGACGACACCUACCCGGCACUUAUUUUAAAUGCACAGAUUGAUGAAUGCAGGCACACCGUCUGCACCUGGCUUUGAUUUACUGGAGGAACAUCAAGAUUUAUAACCAAAGUGUCAAUCUGCAAGAGAUGUGUGCAACUUUCCGUGCCAGGACACAAACUUGAAAGAGUUUUGGAAACAAAUGAGAGAGUCUGCUUUCAAUGCCGGAGGUCCAGCGCUAGGAUGGAUGACACAUGUUUCUUCUUUGUUUUCUGAUCCAGCUUUAAAGGAAACAUCUAGACAAACAAAAAAGGAGCAGCUCAAAAUACAAGAACUUUCUUCACCUGCAACCUGUUUCUCAGGCUGAAAUGAUGCUGUGGUACAACUUCGGCCGCCACUUGCUGUCGCUGAUGGUACUUCUGGUGAUUGUGAGCUGUGGAGGAGGGGAGCAAAGGAGAGGGAUGGAUAGCAGCACCAGUAGCGCAGGUGGCAGCAGUAGUAGCGGAGGAAGUAGUAGUAGUAACUACAGCAACAGACGUUUUCAUAAGAUCCAGCAUGGUGAGUGCACCUAUACCGUCAUCCUACCUGAGGGAGAAGGAGGCUCUUGUAGGGAGGCGAAAGCCGGUAGACCACAGUACAACGCCAACUCUCUCCAGAGGGAUGCUCCACCAUCUGAGCCAGACUUUCCCAGCCAGAAGAUUCAGCAGCUUGAACACAUUAUGGAGAAUUAUACACAGUGGCUACAGAAGAUUGAGAACUACAUCAAAGAGAGUAUGAAGACCGAGAUGGCUCAGCUGCAGCAGAGUGCCGUCCACAACCACACAGCAGCCAUGUUGGAAAUGGGCACCAACCUUCUUUCUCAGACGGCUGAACAAACACGCAAACUAACUGACGUUGAAACACAGGUUUUGAAUAAGACAUCAAGGCUUGAGAUCCAGCUGCUGGAAAAUUCUCUUUCCACUAACAAGUUGGAGAAACAGUUAAUGAUCCAGACCAAUGAGAUCAGCAAACUCCAUGACAAGAACAGCCUUCUGGAGCAGAAGAUGAUGGAGAUGGAGAUGCGACACCGUGAAGAGCUGGAAACUCUGAAGCAGGAGAAGGGAAGUCUCCAAAUGCUGGUUGGGAGGCAGAGUGGGGUGAUCAGGGAGCUGGAAACCCAGCUGAGCCGCGCCACAGGGAACAGCACGGCCCUGCAGAGACAGCAGCAGGAGAUGAUGGACACCGUCCACAACCUGCUCAACCUCUGCUCCAAAGAUGGAGUUGUUCCGAACAGUACCAAAGUCGUGGAUGAGGAAAAGAAGUUCCGCGACUGUGCUGAGCUCUACCAGGCUGGCUUCCAUAAGAACGCUGUUUACACCAUCCAUCUCAAUUCACAGGAGACCAAAAAGGUGUAUUGCAACAUGGAAACAGCCGGUGGUGGAUGGACAGUUAUCCAGCGCAGAGAAGACGGCAGCGUAGACUUCCAGAGGACAUGGAAGGAGUACAAGAUGGGCUUUGGGAGCGUGUCUGCCGAGCACUGGUUGGGGAAUGAGUACGUUUACCAGUUGACCAGCCAGAAGCAGUAUGCCCUCCGUGUAGAACUGACGGACUGGGAUGGACUCCAGGCCUUCUCACUAUAUGACCGCUUCCAAAUUGGCAGUGAGAAGCAAAACUACAGGCUGUUCCUGAAAAGUCACAGUGGGACUGCAGGCAGACAGAGCAGCCUAGUCAUCCACGGGGCAGACUUCAGCACCAAGGACAUGGACAAUGACAACUGCAUGUGCAAGUGCGCCCUCAUGCUAACAGGGGGUUGGUGGUUUGAUGCCUGUGGCCCAUCUAACCUUAAUGGCAUGUACUUCGCCCAAGGACAACACAUAGGGAAGUUGAACGGUAUCAAGUGGCAUUAUUUCAGGGGCCCCAGCUACUCCCUACGAGCCACAGCCAUGAUGAUCCGCCCACUGGACUUCUCCUAGUCUUUUGAACUGCUGAACUUUUAACUUCCAAACAGCUAUGUAGCACAUUAGAGGGACGCUUCCUAUUUUAUCCUCUGGUCUCAUCUCAUUUUGCAAGCCAUGGAACUCAUCCAAUAGAUCUUCUGUUCAAUUUGUUCUCCCCCAGAGCAGCUGACAUUGCUCUGCUGCUGUUGCCUUAUAAGCUUUCUCUCAGCUGAACUGAAAAGAAGCCACGGGCAGCAAUACAGAGCAAGACGUGACUCACCUGAACUGCUUCUUGUUGUAGAUCAGAUUCAAAAACCUGUUUUUUAAAGACAUAAUAUGUUUAGGUGUGUGAGCUCAGACUAGAAUUUGGGCACAUUUUGAUCACGUUGUAAGGUCAGAUUUUAUUAAGCAUCAAUUCUUUUCAUUUUCCUGGAGACCUGUGUUAUAGUCAAAUGGAGGAUUUGAACUCUUCUGAAUGGAAAGCAGCUAUCAUAGAGCAGCACUGACUCUAAACUGCAGGACAGACUUUGUCAGUUUACAGAGAUGAACCAGAGAUCUGGCACUGUUGCUAACAGAAUGCAGCCCAUAAAAGAUCCUGACUGUGUUCUGCAUUGUGUUUUAAUACUUUUUUGUUCAUCUAACUGUACACAAUAUCCAAAGUAAGAUGAAGUUCUUUUGUACUGUACAGUGUAUACUACAUUUCUAUCUGCAUGAUGUAUAAAAUAAGGUGCCAUUGAAUUUCAAGUGCUGAAAUGCACUUUGUAAUAGUUAUG